AUAAGGCUUAGUGGGCUACGUAGGGGUUCUAAUCUAACAAUGCUGACAUCGGCAUCGACAUGGCUUCUUGGGCACGCCAGUGCAAGCCGACGGGUCGUAGCACCAUGGCGGUGGGCUUAUUGCUCUGCAUUGCUUGGUAUUACACCAUUCUUGCCGGAUUCUUCAUUCUCUAUUGUCCUGUUAUGUACCUAAUGUUUUUUAGUCAUAAAUUAUACAGAAAGUUAGUUGAUUCACUAUUUUCUUUGUGGGAAUUGUAUCCUGUGGCGCUGUUUCAAUGUUGUUGUGAUACUCAAUUGCAUCACUUUGGUGAUUUUGUAAAACCGGAGGAAAAGACUAUAAUUGUAAUGAAUCAUCGCACAAGAGUUGAUUGGAACUAUGUUUGGAUAGCUUUGUAUCAUGCAACGCAAAAUCCUUCAGGUGAAUUGUGCUCUUGUAAACAAACUGAUGAAAAUCUCAGUGAGUCUAAUAGCAUACUGGAUCUCGGAGGCAAAUCGAAAAUAAAAUUUGUUUUGAAGGAUGAAAUCAAAAACAUUCCUGGCAUGGGUUGGAUUAUGCAGUUAAACUUUUUCCUGUACGUAAAGAGAAAUUGGCGCGAGGAUCAACUAAACCUUUCACAGUUUGUGGAUUACUACCAGAAGCUGAAUUAUGACUACAGACUAGUACUAUUCCCUGAAGGAACGGACUUAAGUGAGGAGAACCGUCGUCGUAGUGAUAAAUAUGCACAGGCUAACAACAUGCAGCGUUACGAAUAUGUAUUACAUCCUCGAACAACUGGUUGGACAGCAUUAUGUUCCCGGUUACGGGAGUCAGGCUUGACCUCUGUGUAUGACGUCACAGUGGCAUAUGAUACUCCAGCGCAGACUGAAAUGGAUUUAGUGAGAGGGAAAAUACCAAAAAAUGUCUACUUUUAUUUUAAAAGAUACUCGAUAGAUAAGUUGCCUCAAGACGAUACGGCACUCAAAAUUUGGCUCGAGGCCCGUUGGCGAGAUAAAGAGCAAAGUUUGAGAAAAUUUCACAAUGAUGGUACCUUCAUCGACCCACAAACCAAUGCCGCACCACCACAACGAUCUCCAAGAUCCCUUUUGACAGCAAAAGCAGGAUUUCUAUUCUGGACCAUUGUUGAUAUUCUAUUCUUUUAUUUUUUAUGCAAUAGCGUCACAUUCCAAUUUUGGGUUAUCUACCAUAGUUUACUGUUCAUAUUUAUUACAUGGUAUUUUGGCGGUUUUCAUAACAUUCAAUACAAACUCUUAGAAAAAUUAAACAUGUAAAAUUACAUACAUAUUUACAAAGUA